AUGCGUCGGUCUCUUGCUCUUCUCCUCGGUCUUGCCGCGCUGGGAUGCGCCCAGGACAGUGGUACUACCGCCACGGCGACUGACUCUGCGACCGACUCGUCGACGACUACUCCUACCGAUUCAGUCACUGCUGCUCCCGCCGUCACGUCCUCGAGUACGAGUUCCAGCGCAGAAUCUAGUAGCUCAACGAAUGCCACGAGCACGACGCAAGGACCUAUAACCCACACGGUCGCGGUGGCUUUGGGAGGCUUCACAUUUGUUCCCGACGUGACUCUGGCCGAAACAGGCGACACGAUCCUGUUUCAAUUCUACCCAACCAACCACUCCGUUAUUCGCGCAGAAUAUGGAUAUCCUUGCAUUCCUUACGAGGACACGGGCGUUGACAAGGUCGGCUUCUUCUCAGGCUUUUAUCCCGUUGAUGCAAUAUUGCCCGACCCGCCUCAGUGGUCCAUUGUGAUCAACGAUACAAACCCAAUCUUUUACUAUUGUGGUGCACCGGGAUCGUGUAUUAACCAUCAAAUGGUGGGAGUCAUCAAUCCCAAUGCCACGACGUCCUUGCAACACCAAAAAGAUCUGGCGUCGGAAUCUCAGUUCAUGUUACUGCCAGGCCAACCUUGGCCCGAUGAGAGCGAGGAUCCAUUCAGUGCCACGUCGUCUGCGGCCCCUAGUACGUCGCCGACCGCUUCAUCGGCAGGGUCUGCCCCAGCCAGUGCCACCAGCGGCUCCAGUGAUAAGUCUUCCAGUUCAGGCCUCUCUAGUGGUGCAAUCGCUGGAAUUGCCAUCGGAGGGGCCGCCGUGGCUCUCGCUGCCGCUGUCGCCCUCUAUCUCUGUGGCCGCCAAUCUCGCGCUCGCGGGUCCGGCAAUAAAAUAAAUGACGACCGCCCCAACACAGGCCACGGCACCCAAGUUUCCUACAAUCCACAAGGCCCGCAUAGCCACCUAUCCUACAUGACCGAUCCGACCAAGCAUAUGUCUAUGCAUAGCAGCGUCGUGGGCAUGACACCCUCUCCAGCCCUGCCUGGAUACGUACCUUCGCACGAUCCCACAAUGUCGCCUCCUCUGCAUCCCGCGUAUCCAAUGCCGAUGAGCGAUUCUCUAAGUCCUGGCCCGAUGGCGCCAGGAAGUGAUGUCGCCUCACCACACAGUCCGAGCCCGAGUCAGAUGUAUGCAGUCCCAGCGUACAGUAGCGGUGUUCCGCAGAGCAUGUAA